AAAAUAUACAAAAAGCCAAAUUCUAAAAGCAGCAAGCAACAUAUGGGAGAGCGUUUCUAAGUGUUGCCAUAAAAGCAUAAUAAUUUGUUAAAUAAAGAUUUGGUUUAGAAUAGCUUACAGCUUUAGAGCAGUGAAUAAUAAAUCAACUAAAUAAAUUAUUUCAAUUAAAUGCAACAAUAAUUAUAAUAAAACAUUUCAAACUCAAGUAGCUAACACUUAUAAAUAAAUAAUAGUAUUUAAAAUCCCUCGUUUUAAAUGAAAUUAAAUCAUUAAUAAUUAAUAAAUUUAAAUCAGAAUCCAGCUAAUGGUUAAAUUCAUACUGCAGUACUGCCUCAUUAUAUUUAAAAUGCGUACUAAAAUAAUUAUUAUAAUAACUGCGGCUUUUAAAUAUAGAAUUAGAUUCAUGUUUAAUAAUGCUAAAAUAGAUAUGAUAUCGCUAAUAUUAAUCCAAUAAAUACUGAGUAAUAAGCUAAAAUCUUGCUAAAAAAUGAAGAUUCAAUAUCAAAUUGUUAAAUUUAGAAUGAGUAAAAUAGCAAAUAAGACAGUUACUCAAAUAGUUUGAACAGUUUUAAGCUCAAAGAUUAAUACAAAAAGUGCGUAGCAAUAAAACAACUCUCAGUUUAAAAACAAAUUGUUAAGAUUUUAUGUGAUACUUUGGCAGAUUCUGAAAGUUUGUAAUCAGUUGCUAAUUAUGAAAUAUAAUUUUAUACUGAAAUCAGUAAAAUGGCAAGAUUAUUAUUAUACGAUUCCUUCAAGAUUUAAAAUAAUGCACAAUUUUUUUGGGGACCUCUGAAUAUCUAAAGAUCUAUUAGGUCUGAUAUAAAAAAUCUUCAAAAGUUAAUUAGUAGGUUUUAUUUAAACCAAAUUUUUUCCCUUAAAAAGGAGUGGCUAACUCUUUAGAAAGAAUAACUCAAAUAAAAUUACACUCUUACCAAAGAAGAAGAUUUAAAGUAAUUAUUUUAAUCAUAGUUUGAGGAAAAUCAAACAUAGUUAACGUUAGAUCUAGAGACUUGUGGUAAAGAUGGGAACGAUUAUGGUAACACUUAAGGUUUUUAACAAUCUCCUGAAUUUGUCAAUAAAUAAAAGAAACUAUUCGAAAUAUCAUUAAAAAUAUAGCAUUUGAUUCAAUUUUUAUCAGAAACGACAGAGGAAGAAUGCGAUAAAAAUAAAAAUUAGAGAAAUGGAAUGUGGGAUUAUGCAAACACGGUUUUUGAAUUGCUUGAUAAACAAACAGAAGACAUACAACAAAGUUGUAUAUUACUCGCAAGUGACAGAUCUUCUAUGACCCACUUUGACUCUACUGCUCUCGGAGUAGCUUUGUAUUAUUAUGUAAAUUUACAACCAUCUCCAACUGGAUAGUUCUUUUAUGGAAUCACUAAUCUUCCUAAAAUUACAUAUAUUUCAUUUAAGAAAAGCUGGGAUGGAUUGACAGAAGAUGUUUUAAAUUGGAAUCCCAUCUAAAAUAUAAGCGUCAAUCCUUCAAUUCAGACAAUUGUCAUUACAGAAUCUUCUUUUGACUAUCCUCCUUACAAUUUUAACAAUUUCUCUUGUAAUAAUCAAUAAAAUAUCAUCAGGCCUAACACUUACAAAAUUUGUAUAGAUUAGAUUGAAUUCGAAAAACACAAUAAAGGGGCUGAAAAAUCCAAUUAGUAUAAAAUAAAGUCUGAUGAUAUUGUUUAUAUUUUUGAGAAAAUCAUAUAUCCUUUAGUAAGAGUCCAUAAACCAAGUGUAAUAAUAAUGAAUCAUAACUUUUCUUAUACCAGCGAAAACGGGCCUUUAAAGGAUCAAUAAUAAAAAUUAAACAGCAACAACGUUUAAUAUGAUUUAAAACCUACUGACUUUGCUUCAAUUUUAUAGACUUUAGGGACAGUCUGUUCAUAGAAAGUAGUAUUGGUUUCAAAUAAUAAAUUUACAGAUUUUUAAUCAGAAUUCAAUACCUUUUAAUGUAAUUAAAAAAUGACUGAUGAUUUGAUUGAGUCACAAAAAGUAGAAAAUCUUCAAUUUUAAUCAGUUUAAUCUUUACCAAGGAAAAAAAGACAAAUUGAAUAAUAACCAUUAGAUAUUUAAAUUUCCCCAAUUAUUCCUAAUUACCACAAAUAAAUAUCAAAUGUUUUGAAUACACAAACAGAAUAACAAUCAAAAAAAAUUUAGAAAGCUAACUAGAAAAUAUUUUAGAGGUAGCUAGCUGAAAAUUAAGCUGAUGCAAAAUAGGAUUUCAUAAUUAUUGACAAAGAUAAUGAAGAUUAAUUGCUAAGUAAAAACAAUAAUGACUAAUAAAAUUCAUAUAAAAAUAUUCUGGUUAAUAAUUAAGUUUUAUAGACUUAAUUUCCUAAUUUAAUCAACACAUCUUAAUACGCUUCUGGAAAAGCUGCUUCCUUUUUGCUAUAAAAUGACUCAGCUAAUUUACAUAACUUAUAAAAUAAUUAAUAACAUUAGUCACUUGUUCAGCAACCUAGAUAUUUUUAAUCUAACUAAUUAGAUGUAAAUCUUUGUCAAAUCAACCAAACAAAUUUAUACGCUAAUUAGUAGCAAAGUUAAUCGAUUAUUUCUUGCGUACCUAAUUAUGUUAGCAAUCUUAAUUAAUUUUAAGAUUCAAAUAUGAUUCGUUUUUUGGAUGCCAAUUAGCAAAUGAACUAAGUAUCUAAAAUUUAAUAAAUUUCUUCAUAUCUUCCUGCUCAUUUAAAUUAACCUAAAAUAUUCUACUAAAGUUAGCAAGCUCUUAAUUCCCGUGUUUCUGACUCAAAUUUUAAUUAAAAAAAUCAAAUAAAGUCUAUGUAAAGUGCUUCAAAUGAAAAAAAAAGAAGAAUUAAUUUACAAAAUUAAUAAUCAGAUAUCCCAAUUUAAAAAAAUAAAAACUAAUAAUUUAUAGAUAAUGUUUCCAAAUAUUAUUAAAAAAUUCUACAAUCACCAAUAAUAAGUAGAAGCGGGAAGGCUGUUUGUUUCUACAUCCAAAAAUAUAUGGACUUGGACACUUAAAAACUCUAACAAGACAUUGAAGAAUUAAAUUAAAAAAUUUUACAAGAAAAAUCAGUCUUAGAAAUUCAGAACAACUGUGAAAAUACUUAACAAGAGACUUAAUAGCAGAUUUAAUCUACUUAAAGUAUGUAAAAUAAUAUCUAAAGUUAAAAUUUGAAUCCAAAGCAAGAUAAAGAAGCAGCAUUAAAUUAAAGCUUAGCCAAAUUAAAGGAUUUGUAAAAAUAAUUUGAAAUUAUUCAAGAAAAGAAAAAGGUUCUGCUUAAAAACAUAAAUGAGAUAUUUUCUCAAAAUAAAUGGAGACUUUCCAACUUCGUGUUUAAUUGGCAAAUUGUUGUCAAAUUGAUCAGAGAUGAAGAUGAAAUCGAAAAGUAUUUACUCACAAAUACCAGCAUUGAUAAUGUCUAAGGUAGCAUAGAGGAAAUAUUUAAAUUAGAUUAAACUGUAGAUAAAUCUUAACAAAAAAUAGCAGCUAUCAUUUUCUCACUCUAUAAACAGUAAUAAAGCUAAAGAUAAUAGCAGAUCUAUGAUUUAAUUGAGAAAAAAGAACUUUUUGAGAAAAAAUAAUCAUCUUAAAAAGAAGUUGCAUAUAGAUUUUAUAAGAAAUACACUGAAUAUGUUCUGCAAACAUUGCUUUAGACUCUAUAUUCAAAUGCAGAAAUUAAGGAUGUAUUUUCUAAUUCGUUUAAGAGUAAAUCAAAUUAUCUAAAUUAAGUCAACCCUCAUUUUUAGUUGUAUGUCUAAGAGAUCAACAAAAACUUAAUACUCUAAAAAGAAAAACAUAUAAGAUAAUAUUUCUUAGAAGAAGGCAAUAAUAUUCCUGAAUUAAGUUACAUAAUUAAAGAUAAUGAAAUGAGAUGCUUGAAAGCUGACUAAAAUAUGAACUUCUUAUCCAAUUAUAGUGAUAAAUAAUAUCAAAAAGACCAAGUCCCAGAAGAUCAGUAGAUAAUUACUCAAGAUCAGUAAGAACCUGAAACCAAUCAGAUAAGAUAAACUAAAGCAUCAAAAAAAGGAGAAAUAGGAGUGUCCAGUGCUUUAGUAAGAGGAGAUACAAUAAAUUAAAACAAGGAUGCAACAAAUAAUAAUCAAAUUGAAAAAUAAAGUAGUUAAUUUGAAAGAAUUGAAGAGGAAGAAAAACUUGAGAAGAAAAAAAUUGAAGAGAUAGAAUUGUCUAAAUUCUUCAAAAACUUCAAAAAUGUAAAUUAGAAAUGCUCCAAAGAAUCUCUCAAAUUCAAGCUUUCAACUGAAAUAAAAGGACUUAAUUAUAUAACAAAUCUAAAGGCCCAGUCUUAAAAUCAAUUAAGUAAUCCUAGCCUGUUAAAAAAUUUCCAUUAAUUCAAAAAUAUCUCCAACUUAAAUUUUAAUAGCUAAUAAUUCAAAAUAUCUGAAAGCGAUUUUAAUUAACCUAAAACUGCUUAAGUUAGAUAAUUAAAUGUUCAAAUGAAUUCCAUCUAAAAUAAUUCAGAAAUCUUUAAAAACUCUCAAAUGAACUGCAUCUAAACUAAUUCAGAAAUGAUGAAAAAUGCUCAAAUGAACUACAUCUAAACUAAUCCAGAUAUAUUAAAAAAUGCUCAAAUGAACUACAUCUAAACUAAUCCAGAAAUCUUGAAAAAUUAAUAUCUUUAUAACAACUAAUUAGUUUCUAAUAACUCAAAUAUUCAGACUGUGUUCAGUCAUGUCAAUAGUGCUUAAUAGCAAUAUUAAAAUUAAAAUUUAAUAAGAAAUGACAUAAAAUUAUAAGAAAAUUUGAGAACUAAAAAAUUAAUGGCUAAGAAAUAUAAAAGCGAAAUUUUCGACAUCAGAUAGUAAAAGAUAGUAAAACUGAAAACAUCUCAAAGACUAGUCUUAUAUGAUGAAGACUGCUAGAUUCAGGUUAUCUAUUUGCCAUAAAAUACUUUAGAAAUUUAUCUCUUCAACUUAAAAAUUUAAAAUAACUAUAAUCAUGUGAUUUUAACUCAACCUUACCCUAACUCAGAAAUAUUUGAUGCCAAAUAUAUCCCUGUUCAAUAAUAAGAUGUGAGAUUUUCUUCAUCAUUAUGCUAUAAUGAAAAUUUUGUCUUCAAAGUGUUUGGUGAGAGUAUCCAAUCAGAAAGAACUAUCAACUAAAUAGAAAUCAUAAACAGAAUUACUAAAGAGUAUAGAUUACUUAAGUACAAUGGAAGUAACUCGUAAUCAUUAUAAAUAGUUUCACAAUUUUCCUCCAGCUGCUUCUUUAGCCCUAUAACACAACUGCAUUACAUCAGCUGUUUUGGAGGGUAUGAUCCUGAAAGAAAACCCGUUACUUAAGCUGGCUUAAUAGAGGUUAACUUAAACAACUUUACAUAUAAAAUAGCUGAAACUCUAAAUAAAAGCGAUUUUAGUAAUGAAUAUUUUAUUUUUUACAAAAGUCGUCCGAUGAAUGGGAAAAAAUGUCAUCCAAAUCUUUAAAAUGUUAACUAAGAAAAAAAUUAACAAUUAACUGCAGAAAGAAGCGUUAAAGAUUUCUGGAAGAAAGUCCCUCACUUUUUUAGCUCGUCACAGUCGGUUUAUGACGAGGUUUCAGAUUGUAUCUAUGUUUUUGGAGGAAAUGCUAAUAACAGAUAAAGCUCCAAUAAUUUUUAAGAAUCAAUAAUAAAAAGCUCUCUUUCAUGCAACAGCUUUAGUUGGGAAGAGUAUUUGUGCUUUGUCAAAUUCUAAAAUGUAUCACGCUCAACUAGCUUAAAAGAUGCUAUUUUCCUAAAGCUAGAAGUUAAAAACAUGAACGAGAUAAUUUAUCAAAAUAACAUAUUCCUAAAUGAGUAAAAAAUAUAAACAUUUGAUCCUGUCUAUGGUGCUUAAGGUCCCAAUGCUAAAAAAAUGCAAGAAAGCAUUAAUAAAAAAGCAGAAUUCUCUACUCUAUUUCGUCAUAGCAAUAUCUUGAGUUAUAGAAUUCAAGACUAAUAAAAUAAAGAAGCAAAAAACAUAGAAGGUAAAAUGGAAAUAGAGUAAAAUUAAAGUACCUCAAGUACUUUUGUGAUAUAAUAAUCUCAUCCAACCCAUUUUAAAUUUGAAAAAUUAGCCUAUAGAAACGAUCAGCAGCCCCAUUAACUUUUAUCAAUGGCAUUUUCUAUGGACAAAGAUCCUUUGCCAAAGAUUUAAUUACAAGUUAAAGUAGGCUGUUGUUGA